AGCGCAUAUUCACCACACUCCAAAUUUACUUUGUAAAUCUCUGCAACUUAAAUAAAAGCCAGUACAAUGUGGUGCACAGUACAAGUGGAAGGGAAUAUUGGACGGCGUAUGUUAAAUAUUUGUGCACAUUCGCGUUCGGAUGAAAAGCGUUUGUUAAGCGGUUGAAUCAAUUAAUAAAUAAAUUCUAUAGAUACAUAACGGUGGGACGGGAAAAUUCAGUUGUUUCAUUUUCCAAAGAGCGAGUGGACGCGGGUGUAACUGUGCGCUACUUUCGUAUUGGGAUUUGUGAAUCAGUGGGUGUACGUCCGUCAAACGAGGACAGUUGCUGAUAUCAAAACAUUUAUUCAUACAUACAUACAUAUGUACAUAUGUACACAUAUAUGUAUGUAUUCUAUUGUCAGUGCAAGGAGACAGAAAUCAAACCAAAAAUACAAAAAGAACGAAGGAGUAAAUGCACUCAUUGAGUGAGUAAGGAGAACUGAAAGAAAGAAUCUUAAAGAUAAAUAAACAAACAAGAGAGUACAACCAGGCUACAACGAAAUUCGUAAGGGAAUUGAAGAUAGAUUUUACACAGCCAAAUCGUGAUCCCGUCGUUACCACCGAAAUGCAUCCACACCGAGAAGGCUUGUCUGCAGCACACAUUUCUAGAUUGCUGUCAGUAUGUUUUGUGAUCUGUGUGUUGUCUAUUCGCAAUACAAAGUGUGAGGUGUACACGGCCUUGGCGGAGAUGGAAGAACUUCUUGAGACUGAGUCGGUAUUAAUAACCAAUUUGGAUGGUUACCUUAAGGUGCAACAACAAAAGUUGGACUACCUCAAAAAUAAACUUGGCGAAUACCAAAGAGAACAUGAAGAUGCAACCGCAGAUAUGCCGGCCUACGUAUCCAAUCCUAUUAAUGCAUAUUUGCUAACAAAACGAUUGACCACCGAUUGGCGCCAGGUGGAGAAUUUAAUGGCGCAUGAUGUGGGAGUUGAAUUCCUCAAUAACAUUACCAACUACCGGCAUGUAAUGAAAUUCCCAUCAGAUGAAGACCUGAAUGGAGCAGCAGUGGCCUUAAUGCGAUUACAGGACACUUACAAGCUGGACACCUCAAGUGUGGCACGUGGAAUGCUCAAUGGCAUACAGUAUAGCACGGAAAUGUCCUCAGAUGACUGUUUUGAGUUGGGUCGGCAAUCUUAUGUUAAUCACGACUAUUACCAUACAGUUCUGUGGAUGAAUGAGGCAAUGACCCGCCUGCAGGAGGAGCCCCAAAAUCAAACGCAAAGUUUCACACGCGCAGACAUUUUGGAAUAUUUGGCUUUUUCCACAUACAAACAAGGUAACGUCGAAAGGGCUCUUACAAUGACUAACGAACUUUUGGAAUUAACGCCCGACCACGAACGUGCUCGAGGAAAUAAGGUGUUCUAUGAAAAGGAGAUAGCUGAACUUCAAGCUGAGCGCAAAGUGAAAGGUGACGAUGGAAGCGAGAGCACACCAGUGUCAGAUUUACCGAUUGCCAAGGGUGACCCCAGUAUAUAUACCUUUAACGAGCGUAAAUCAUAUGAAAUGUUGUGUCGCGGCGAGCUGAAGCCUACCCCGGCCGAUUUGCGACCCAUGCGCUGUCGCUAUGUCCACAAUAAUGUACCCUUCCGACGAUUGGCGCCGCUCAAACUCGAAGAAGCCUAUCUGGAUCCAUAUAUUGUUAUCUAUCAUGAUGUCAUGUAUGAUAAUGAAAUCGAAUUGGUUAAGAAAAUGGCACGCCCACGCUUCCGCCGUGCGACAGUACAAAACGCGGUUACCGGAGAAUUGGAAACCGCUCAUUAUCGCAUAAGUAAGUCAGCUUGGAUACGCACGGAGGAGCAUAAAAUCGUUGAAAACAUUGUGCAGCGCACCGAGGAUAUGACCGGCUUGGAUAUGAGCGUAGCCGAAGAAUUGCAAGUUGUGAAUUAUGGCAUCGGCGGACAUUAUGAACCGCAUUUUGACUUCGCGAGGAAAGAUGAGGUCCGCGCCUUCCAGGGACUCAAUACCGGUAACCGCAUUGCCACUGUGUUAUUUUACAUGAGCGACGUAGAACAAGGAGGUGCCACAGUCUUCACUAACCUGCGCAUUGCACUGUGGCCUAAGAAAGGUUCCGCUGCCUUCUGGUACAACCUGCACAAAUCCGGUGAAGGUGAUUUCCGAACGCGUCAUGCAGCAUGUCCAGUUCUUACCGGCUCCAAAUGGGUAUCUAACAAAUGGAUACAUGAACGCAAUCAAGAGUUCCGUCGCCCUUGUGGCCUCGAGCCGGAUCACGGUGAAUUUGCAAUUUAAGCCGAAAGUUACACCAAAAACACAAAGAGCUGAAAGAGAGCCGUUAACAGUUUGAUUUGGACACUUCUGCUAAUUUCCAACAGAGACUAGAUAUUACAUAUUUGUAUUUCCUGGCAAAUAUUGAAAUCUCGAUUGUAACAUAUGUAUGUUGGGAAACCCUGCAUUUGAGCUUUAUGUUUUCACAUCAUACUCGUAUCGUAUUAUAUUGCAAUCUCAACCAAAAAUUCUCUGAAACAAAGCACUUGUUAGAAUAUUCGAAUUUAAAUUUAUAAAUUAUACACACUAGCUCAUUUCAUAUGGAACGUUAUAUAUAUAAUAUUUAUGUUUGCCAUUUUGUAAAUGCUGAAAAAUUCCAGAAUAGACGCUAUUCGGACACCCUGUAAAAUUAGUAAAUUUACAUACAUAAGCGUUUAAUUUUUAAGUAACUUUUAUUUUAGUUACUUAUGUAUGUAUAUGUGUAUGUAUGUUUUUAGUUUUUGUAUGAAAUUUUAUAAAUUAUGAAUGUAAAUAAAAAAUAAAUUAGAAAUGUUUUUAUUCAAAUUUAUUACAUAAAAA